AUGUGCAUCAAAGAUUAUCCCUUGACUGAGUGGGUUACGAGGUGUGCUUUCAACCCCUUCAAGUCGAAAUUCGUUUCCCCCCUCCCCCGCAAUUUCGUUUCCCCACGCCCCCGCAAUUUCAUUUCCCCCUCCCCGUCGAAAUUCGUUUCCCCCCUCCCCCGCAAUUUUGUUUCCCCCCUCCCCCGCAAUUUCGUUUCCCCCCCCUCCCGCCAAUCUGUUUCAUCCCUCCCGCCAUUCGCCAUCUCUCCUAACACCCCGCCGUCGCUACUACCUCCCACCCAGCCGUCGCUCUCCCUCCCAUCCCCCGUAUCCUCUCCCUCACUCUCCGCCGUCACCUCUCCCUCCCACUCCGCCAUCGCCUCUUCCUCCCACCUCACAAUUACUCCGUCCCACCCCGCCAUCUCCUCUCCCUUACCUCCCCGCCGUCGCCUCUCCCUCCUCCCCACCGUCGCCUCUUCCUCCUCCGCGCCGUCGCCUCUCCCUCCUCCGCGCCGUCGCCUCUCCCUCCUCCGCGCCGUCGCCUCUCCCUCCUCGCCGUCGCCUCUCCCUCCUCGCCGUCGCCUCUCCCUCCUCCGCGCCGUCGCCUCUCCCUCCUCGCCGUCGCCUCUCCCUCCUCCGCGCCGUCGCCUCUUCCUCCUCCCCGCCAUCGCCCUCCCUCCUACCCGCUGUCGCCCUCCCUCCUACCCGCUGUCGCCCUCCCUCCUCCCCGCCGUCGCGCCCGGAGCGCAAGCGCGGAUUGGUGCGCAAGCGCAGAUUGGUGCGCAAUCGCGGGUUGGUGCUCAAGCGCGGGUUGGUGCGCGAGUGGGGAUUGUUUUCUGA